CAAUCCCAUUAUCUUCCUAGAUAAACACCCUGGGUCUUUUCUUCUCUUCUCUCUUCUUCUCUUUUUCUUCUUCUUUUCUUCUUUAUCUUUUUCCCAUCUCAUUUAUUGACUUCAUUUAUUUAUUUAUCUCUAUCACUUCCCCAUGGAGACUUUAUUAGCACAUUCAUUCGACUAUCUCUCCUCCUACGAACCCAGCAAAGUCCGUAAAGGAUUGCGCCAGGUCGAAGGCCUCCUCGCCCAAAUAUGCCUGUCCAAGUCGAAACAACCGGCGCCUGAUAGAAGGCGUUCAUUAUUAUCCUUCAACACUCCUCAGCCCGUGCCCAAAGCCCUGUCCGAGCUCAAGGACGAUCCCGCGUUCAGGGAGUUUUUUAAAUUGCAGGAAGGUUUCCAGUGGAACGUGGCCAUGCGCCUGGUGACCUGUCUCGAGCAUCUUCUGGGACGAGGCAGCACUGGCACCAACGAUCUCCUCAUCGUCUCCACCCUCGACCUUAUCCAGGGCACCUUGCUCCUCCACCCGCCGUCGCGAUCGCUGUUUGCCCGUGAAAUCUACAUGAACCUGCUCCUCGACCUGCUGGAUCCCAUCAACUGCCCAGCCAUUCAGUCCACUACCCUCCUCACCCUCGUCACAGCCUUGUUGGAUCAUCCCGCCAAUACACGCACAUUCGAAGAGCUCGAUGGACUGCUCACCGUGACAUCCUUGUUCAAGCAGCGCGCCACCUCGCGCGAGGUCAAACUGAAGCUGGUCGAGUUCUUAUAUUUCUAUCUGAUGCCCGAGACCCCCACGACGACUGUUGCUUCACCAGUGGGCGCCAGUGCGCCCAACACAGCAAUUAUGGGCCAGCGCAGUCCGAGCAAGUUGGCCUCAAAGCCCUUUUCCAGGAGUGUCAAUGCCGAACCCCAGAACAAUGGUAAAGGAGGUCGCGAUACACGGACUACAGAUGAGAAGCAGGCAUUACUGGGACGAUACCUCAAUAAUGUGGAAGAUCUGGUAGAGGAUCUUAAAGAAACGGCUCCAUUCGGGGCGACCGUCUAUUAGAAGAUGGAACGAUUAUGAUGCAUUACAGGGUUUCGGAUCAGGUUGUACAUUGAGCGACGGAGUGUGGAUUGCUUAGGAUAUUGGGAUUGGGCUGGUCUUUGGAUUUCUUUUCUUUCUGGUUUUCAUUUCUCUUCUUUUUCUUCUUUUCUUGGUUCUUCUUCUUCCACACCCGUCCGGUACGGCUUCAGGAUUUUCGCAUUUUCUUCGCCCUUUUUAUGUCUUUUUUUUACUUUCUUUUUAUUUUUCUUGUCUU